AUGUCUCACGGAUACCUUGUCAAAGCAUCUUCAAAAAAAGAUCAAAAUAUUUUGGAAGCGGCUUUGUUAGUAAAAGGGACAAAGAAAGCAUUGCUAGUUUUUAGAAAAGAUGGGUUUCCACAAAUUUGGAAGAAGAUAUGUGCUUUUUGUGAAAAACAUAGUAUUGAAAUUGUGGAUAUGUCGGGAUAUUAUGUUACCCCACGCAAGCGUAAGACCAAUAAGACUAAUCAACAUCAUUUUGAAGUUGUGAUUUUUAACACAAUUUUAGAUAUGCAAAUUCAAAAAUUUGGGGAUAGAUUUAGUGAAGUUGGCACGGAGUUGAUGGAGAACAUGGCGGCAUUGAGUCCUUGUGACUCAUUUUCUAGUUUUGAUAAAACAAAGUUGUUAAAGCUAAGUGAGAUAUACAAAAACGAUUUUGACGAUUCAGAAAGGGCGCAACUUAAUGGACAACUUGAUAUCUAUUAUCACUCUUUGCUCCAUGAUGAAAGAUUUUUCAACUUGAAUGGAAUUGCCGGCCUCUCUCGUUUGUUGGUGGAAACCGGGAAGCACCUCUCUUUUCCUUUGGUUUAUAGAUAA